AUGAAUCACCAUGUCAAACUAUGGGAUUGCCACUCCCUCCCCUGCAUCAGUAAGACCUUCCCCCCUGCUAUAAAGCGCUGGAACUCUGUCUCAUCUUCCUCAGAGUUCCCAAAGAAGCAAAUGGCUAUGGCUAAAGAGUGGCUGCUAUGGCUGUCAGUUGUAGCUGCCUGGUGUAAGUCCAUCCACAAUGGCAAGGUUUGCAGUACGUGGGGCAAAUUCCACUACAAGACCUUUGAUGGAGAUGUGUUCCAGUUGCACUCCACCUGCAACUACGUCCUGACCUCUUCAUGCAGCAGCUAUUACAAGGUCUUCAACAUCCAGAUAAGAAGGGGGGAAGAUGGCGACCACCACACCAUCAAAAACAUCAUCAUGAAGCUGGAGGGCUCGGUAGUGGAGCUCUCUGUGGGCUCAGUGGUCAUCAACGGCAAAUCAGUCAUCUUACCAUAUAGUCAAGCAGGUGUACUCAUCGAGAGAAGUCACACCUACAUCAAAAUCAAAGCAAAACUGGGAUUAUUUGCUAUCUGGAAUGAGGAAGACUCUUUUCUGGUGGAAUUAGACCCAAAGUACAAGAACCAAACGUGUGGUCUUUGUGGAGACUUUAAUGGAGUCUACAAUGAGUUCUUCAGCCAUGGUGUGAAAAUAUCCCCUGUGGAUUUUGCUAACUUCUGGAAAAUGAAUGGUCCAACUGAAAGCUGCUCUGACUACACACUGGAAUCAACACAAAGCUGCAACAACAUGAGACCUCAGUGUGAGCAGAUCCUCACUGGCCCGGCGUUCAGCAGCUGUCACAGUGGGCUGGACUUGGCCUCCUUUACCUCUGCCUGUGUAGCUGACCUCUGCCACAGUGAACAGCUGGAUACCGUCUGUCUGUGCAACACUGUGUCAGAGUACUCCAGGCAGUGCAGCCAUGCUGGUGGACAACCCCAAAACUGGAGAACCGAAGAGCUCUGCUGGAAGUCAUGUCCGGAAGAAAUGGAGUACAAGGAGUGUGGUAGUCCCUGUACUGAUACCUGCUCCAACCCAGAGGCCAGCCACACCUGCGACAACCACUGUAUCGAUGGUUGCUUCUGCACUGCAGGUACAGCACGGUUGCUGGAUGAUCUGAAUGGACGGGGCUGUAUUCCGCUGAAGGAGUGCUCAUGCAGCUACAACAGCCGGACGUACAGACCUGGGGAGUCCUACUCCAGCUACUGCACAAAAAAUGGUAUAUGUGUGUGUGAGAGUGGACAGUGGAGUUGUACAGAGGAGAACUGUCCAGGAACCUGCUCUCUGGAGGGGGGGGCUCACAUCAACACCUUUGAUGGCAAAGCCUACACCUUUCAUGGGGACUGUUCCUACGUCCUGGCUAAGGUAGUACACACACAUCCUCUUCCGUGCUGUUAUACCAAACACACACCCAUGCCAUGGGACUGCAGUGCAGCCCAGUUUGUAGUGCAGGCGCAGCUGCUGCAGUGUGGAGUGACCGAGAGUGAAACCUGCCUUAAGUCUGUGACCUUGGGUUUGUCUGGAGGGGCUAACGUGAUCACCAUCCAACCCAGUGGCAAGGUGUUUGUGAAUGGCAUCUACGCUCAGUUACCCUUCUCUGCUGCUGGGAUCUCGGCCUUCAGAGCGUCCUCCUUCUACCUGCUGGUGCAGACGUCUGUGGGGGUGCUGCUGGAGGUGCAGCUCCACCCGGUGAUGCAGCUCUACCUCACAGUGACCAGCGACUACCAGGCCAAAAUCUGUGGUCUGUGUGGCAACUUCAACAGCAACCAGGCGGAUGACUUCCUGAAGCUCAGUGGGGUUCCAGAUGCCACAGCAGCUGGUUUUGUCAACAGUUGGAAGACACAUGCUGGUUGCCGCGAUGUUAAGAGCAGCUUUGAGAACCCUUGCAGUCUUAGUCUGGAAAAUGAGAGAUACGCCCAGCACUGGUGUUCAAUGCUGAGUGAGCCUGAGGGAGUGUUUGCCUCCUGUCACUCAGAGAUCAGCCCUGACUCUUACAAAGAGAACUGCAUGUAUGACAGCUGUAACUGUGAGAACAGUGAGGACUGCAUGUGUGCUGCAGUCUCCGCCUAUGUCCAUGCCUGUGCAGCUGCAGGGAUCCACCUCAGUGGCUGGAGGAACACCAUCUGUGGAAAAUAUGCCAGCUCGUGCCCCAGCAACAUGGUGUACUCGGACAGCAUCACGACCAGCAGCCACACCUGCCGCUGCCUCGGCUCCACGGACCUCAGCUGCCACGCUUCCUUCCCCCCCAUUGACGGCUGUGUCUGUGCACAGGGAACCUACCUGGAUGACACCGGGAAGUGUGUUCCAUCUACGGCUUGUCCCUGUUAUGACGAAGGCUCAGUGGUGCCUCCUGGACAGGUCGUUAACAAGCAAGGGGUCAUGUGCUCCUGUAAGGACGCGUGUUCUCUUCCUAUGGAGUUUUUCAACUGCUCUACCCAUGGUCCAGCUGCUAAAGGAACUGAGUGUGAGAAGAGCUGUAACACAUUAGACAUGGCCUGUGUGUCCACUGGGUGCGUGUCCGGGUGUAUGUGUCCAUCUGGGAUGGUGUCUCAUGGUAAAGGAGGCUGCAUCAAACCAGACGCCUGCUCCUGUGUUCACAACGGCAUCUCCUACCAGCCUGGAGAGAGCACCGAGGUGGACUGCAACACCUGCACUUGUAAAGACAGGAAGUGGCAGUGCACUACAGAGGCGUGUGAUGGGACCUGCUCUGUCUACGGAGCAGGACACUACAUGACCUUUGAUCAGAAACGCUUCAUCUUUGAUGGCAGCUGUGAAUACAUUCUCACUCAGGACUACUGUGGCAGUGCACAGAGUAAUGGAACCUUUAGAGUUAUCUCUGAGAAUCUUCCUUGUGGAACCACAGGAACCACCUGCUCCAAGACAAUCAGGAUCUUCCUGGGGAAUGCAGAAGUGAUUCUAACAGAGGGACGCUACCAGCUGCUUUCAAGUGGAGAUGAACAUUCAGUUCCAUUCCGUUACAGCACUAUGGGCAUCUACCUGGUAGUUGAAGCCAACAAUGGACUCAUUCUCAUGUGGGACAGAAAGACCAGCUUGUUCAUCCAGCUAAGCUCAAAAUAUAAGGGUCGCGUGUGUGGCCUGUGUGGCAAUUAUGACGGCAAUGCAAAUAAUGACUUCACAACAAGGGGCAAUGCUGUGGUGGUCAACCCACUGGUGUUUGGAAACAGCUGGAAGGAUUUACCCAGUUGCCCCGAUGCUCAGAGCAUUAGCAGCCCCUGCACAACCAACCCAUACCGACAGGCCUGGUCGCAGAAACAGUGCAGCCUCAUACAGAGUGACGUCUUCUCCGCCUGCCACUCCACUGUGGAUCCAACUCCAUACUAUGAUGCAUGUGUGUUUGACUCCUGUGCUUGUGACACGGGUGGAGACUGUGAGUGUUUUUGCACUGCUGUAGCUGCUUAUGCUGAAUCCUGUAAUCAAGCUGGAAUCUGUAUACCAUGGAGAACCCCAAAUAUCUGUCCUCUCUUCUGUGAUUACUACAAUCCCCCUGGAGAAUGUGAAUGGCACUACAUGCCAUGCGGAUCUCCUUGUAUGAAAACCUGCAGGAAUCCAUCAGGCAGCUGCUCUCCACAGAUUCCUCCUCUUGAAGGUUGCUAUCCAAAAUGUCCUCCUGCUCAGCCAUACUUUGAUGAAGAUACUAUGACAUGUGUUUCAAAAGAACUAUGUGGCUGUCGCGAUAAAGAGGGGAGAUACUAUAAUAAUACUGACAAAGUUCCAACAACCGAAAACUGUCAUACAUGUAACUGCAGUUCAACGACUAUCCAAUGCUUUUAUGAUGCCCAAGCCUGUACUUGCACAUAUUUGAAUAAAACAUAUUACCCUGGCAAUACCAUCUAUAACACAACUGAUGGGCAUGGUAACUGCUUCAUAGCAGUGUGUGGGACAAAUGGUACAAUUGACAAGGGGUCAUAUUUAUGCCCAGUACCAACACCAGCAACACCUAUGCCCAUUGUAAGCACAUCUACAGCAAGCCAGUCUUCAGCCACCUUUUUUUUUACAACCACACCAGGAGGAGACAGUGAAACUUAUGACAAGAUUAGAGAGGCAGGGCACAAGAUAUGUGCCAAGCCAAGCGAGAUCCAAUGCAGAGCUGAGAAAUCCCCAAAUGUCUCCAUUGACAGUGUUGGACAAGUGGUACAAUGUGAUCUGGCUAAGGGGCUCAGAUGCAGAAAUGAAGAUCAGUCAGGACCACUGGCUUUGUGCUUCAACUACCAAGUCAGAGUUCUGUGUUGUGACUAUAGACCCACUACACCCUCAACGCCUUCCACUACAGUAACAUCUGCAACACCUUUGACUACAACCACCACGACACCUUCCACCACAACUGAAACAACAACACCUCAGCCAAUCCCAACUGCACCUUGCCCUGGUGGACAUGAUAUGACAUGUGGCUGGUCAGAAUGGAUCAACCUUGGCAAACCCACAUCAGGCCCAAAUGGUGGAGAUGAUGAAUCAAUCCAGAAUAUAAUCUCUGCUGGUUAUCAUAUAUGCUCAGCUCCUGAAGAAGUCCAGUGUAGAUCUGUUCUUUACCCUGGUUUUCCCUUGUCAGAGAUUGGACAAACUGUGACUUGCAACAAAGAUGUUGGUUUCAUCUGCAACAACAAACAACAAGGGUCUACGCAUCAGUGUUUUGAUUAUGAGAUUAGUUUGAAAUGCUGUAACUGUCAAACCCCUUCUACUACAGGACCCACUACACCCUCAACGCCUUCCACUACAGUUCCAACUUCAACACCUACUACUACGACCACCAAGCCUUCUACCACAAAGCCCCCAAUAAUACUUACAACCAAACAUGUUACAGAAACACCUUGUCAGGAAACGUUAUGCCAAUGGUCAAAAUGGAUAAGUUCUGUCUACCCUGAAGAUGGUAAUGGGGGUGGAGACAAUGAAACCAUCAAACACAUCAUUCAGAAAGGAUUUAAAAUCUGCGAGGAUCCGGUGGCAGUGGAAUGUCGACCCACUACACCCUCAACGCCUUCCACUACAGUAACAUCUGCAACACCUUUGACUACAACCACCACGACACCUUCCACCACAACUGAAACAACAACACCUCAGCCAAUCACAACUGCACCUUGCCCUAGUGGACAUGAUAUGACAUGUGGCUGGUCAGAAUGGAUCAACCUUGGCAAACCCACAUCAGGCCCAAAUGGUGGAGAUGAUGAAUCAAUCCAGAAUAUAAUCUCUGCUGGUUAUCAUAUAUGCUCAGCUCCUGAAGAAGUCCAGUGUAGAUCUGUUCUUUACCCUGGUUUUCCCUUGUCAGAGAUUGGACAAACUGUGACUUGCAACAAAGAUGUUGGUUUCAUCUGCAACAACAAACAACAAGGGUCUACGCAACAGUGUUUUGAUUAUGAGAUUAGAUUGAAAUGCUGUGGGUGUCAGACACCUUCCACAACAGUAACCUCUACAGCUACUUCUACCACCAUUACAUCUUCAACGACGAUAAUUGUAGCUCCACAGUAUACAAUGAGACAGACCAUGAUGGCUACUGUUACACAGGGUAUCUGCUACGGGUGGGGAGAUCCCCAUUAUGUCACAUUCGAUGGAACCUACUAUGGUUUGCAAGGCAACUGUUCCUACUGGCUGGUGAAAGAGAUCUCGCCCAAAUAUGACUUCAGUGUUAUGAUUGACAACUACUACUGUGGAGCAGCUGAUGGCUUGUCCUGUCCUCAGUCCAUCACAGUCUUCUACAAAAGCUACAAGAUCUUUAUAACGCAAAAGGAAAUAAAUAGCACGUCUAAAAAUCAGAUUUCCAUCAAUGACAGGCAUGUAAGUCCUGCAUACCAGAAUGGUGACUUCCGUAUAGCCACCACUGGUAUUGAUACAGUGCUUCUCAUCCCUAAAAUCCAUGCCAAGAUCACCUUCUCAGGGCUCAUAUUCAGCAUCAACCUGCGCUAUAGUAAAUUUGGCAACAACACCUGGGGACAGUGUGGCACAUGUGAUAACAACCGGACAGAUGACUGCAUGUUGCCCAGUGGCAAAAUUGAUUCUUCAUGUCCUAAUAUGGCACACGAGUGGCAUACUAACGACAGCAACUGUAAACAACUUCCUCCCACACCAAAAACAACUCCUACGCCCGAUACCUGCAAUACAAGCAUCUGUGAGAUCAUCGAGAGCAGUGUAUUUGAAGCUUGCCACAAGGUCGUUGACUACCAUCCUUUUGUUGAGGCCUGUGAGUUUGACGUUUGUCAGAUGCACAUUAAUCACAUUGGCUGCAUCAGCUUACAAACUUACGCUGAAGUCUGUGCUUUGGCUGGAAUAUGCAUCGACUGGAGGAAUUCCACCAAAGGACUCUGUGUAUAUACAUGUCCAAGUCCCAAAGUGUAUCAGCCCUGUGGCCCUCCGGUGGAGCCUACCUGUGAUAACUGGUACAACCAGAAGUUUAUCGAUACUGUCAAUGAGUUCAGUGAGAUGACUAGUGUUGCGAUGGAGGGUUGCUUCUGCCCCAGUGGCACCAAACUCCUCUCCUCCGCCUCUGAUGAAUGUAUUCCUACCUGUGAAAUAUGUCGACUGGCAAAUGGAAAAUGGAAAGAGGCCAAUUCCACGUGGACAGAAGACUGUAAGGCGUGUAUCUGUGAAGAGGACACACUGCAGGUCAAAUGCAGUCAAGUGUCCUGUCCAGCACCGCCACCUGUCAGCUGUGAGGAGCCGGGUCAGGUUAAAGUCACUAAUACUGUUGGCUGCUGUCAAGAGGAUAAGUGUGAGUGCGAUGUGAAGCAGUGCCCUGGGGUUGUGCCGUCCUGUCCUGUGGGUUCUACUCUCCACACCACUGUGGGAGUCUGCUGUUCGAACCACUUCUGCAGUGAGUGUGCCAUGCUGGUCCAUCCUUUCACUCAAUAA